UUGCAUACAGGAUCACGUGUCUAGCAUCGCCUCAGCUCUUCGAGUACAGUCUCACAAGGCUGAGACAAGGUGAUCCAAUCUCUGACAGAACAGUCUUCAUCCCAUCCAUUUUCUCCUCCGCAUCAUCGUGCUCAUGGCCCGCUAUAUUUACUCGUCUUUGCCGACUGCUAGCUCUCACAUCCGACUAUUGUGUUUGCUGCCUAACACCGAUCGCCGUGCCCAGAUACGAUGUCGGAUUGUGGACUACGAUCUCUCCAAUUUACAAAGUUCGCAUGUGUACGAAGCUCUGUCGUAUGUCUGGGGUGAUCCAACAGAUACGCGCAACAUUAAUGUUGACGACGCCGAACUCCCAGUCACCUCGAAUCUAGAGAAGGCGAUGCAUCACCUUCGAGAUGGGUUCUUCCAGCGUGUUUUUUGGAUCGACGCAAUCUGCAUCAACCAGGAAGAUCUGAAAGAACGGGCUGCGCAAGUCAAGAUGAUGGCUGAAAUCUAUCAUAACGCAAGUCGAGUCGUGGUGUGGUUGGGCGAAGAGCACGAUGGCAGUUUCGAGGCAAUGCAGAUGCUGCGUGUGAUCGCAAAUGUACAGUCUGAUAAGCUGAGAGGCGAUAACGUGGGAGAGAUCCUGGACAUAUCUGGCAAGAAACGUGAACAACUGCUCGCUCUUUUCCAACGCCCAUGGUUUCGACGCAUUUGGAUCCUCCAGGAAGUGGCCGCUGCAGAGGUAGUUGUAAUCAAAUGUGGCGAUGUUGAACUUAGUGGGCAGGCCUUUAGUAGUGCCCUCACCUCGAUAGGUACAUUAAGCCGGGGAUGGGAUUGCUCCGAACUCAUUUCGCAAGUGCUGUCUGUAGCCCGAUUAUUGAGUUUCACGGCCCUGGUCUCCGAUGCCCCAAGUGGAAUAACCCUCAACUAUCACACGUUGGUAAAGCUCGUCGACAUCUUCCACAAUCACCUGGCCACAGAUCCGCGCGACAAAAUCUAUGCAUUGAUUGGGAUGGCUACUUGGAGCGACUCGACCAUGGAUGUUAUGCCUGAUUACGAGCUGUCCUGGUCCCAAGUGUUCCGAAACUUCAUUACCUCCAUAAUAUCCGCCGACGAAGAUGCAGUAGUUAAUACGUGGGAUGAUGCACAGGUUGCGACAUUACAGACCAAAGGAGGCUUACUUGGUAAAAUAAUCCGUACUCAUCAAGGAAAAGACAUACAGACAAUCAACAUUGCUACACGUUCCAUCUUCUGGCGUGACCUUUACUGGUCCAUUCUCCCCAGAACAUUAACGUACCACGUAACUCAAGGAAUUAAGACGAUUCGGGAGGGCGACCUAUUGUGUAUCCCUAGGGGUGCCAGCACACCAAUCAUUGUCAGAGUAUCUGACUCUCACCUCUCCAUAAUCGCUGCUGGUGUACCAGAUCCGGACUUUUCUCUCAUCAUAGAGAAUAGCAUGGCCAGUGAGCAUGGAUUCGGCAAGGAGGACUACGCAGAAUGGCUAGCAAGCAUAGAAAAAGAGGACAAAAAGCUCUUCCUGAUAUGGGACUGGCACGAAACUUCUCCCGAAUUCAAACCUCCAGAACGCAUAUGUAAGCUCCUAGACGAUGAACGAAAGAGCCUCCCCACCCGCAAGGAACGCUAUCAUAGCCUCCUCCGUCUUUUGCAGAACCAGACAUCCUUUCCGAUGAUCGUUGCACACUUUGAGGAAGCACGUAGAAAAAAGCGAGAUGAUGCUGGCUUGGACCCACAAUUUUUAAAACAAGUACUCGACAGAGUAUCAUCAGAUUGAGCGAGUGGUAGUUGAUUGUUGAGACUGCUUGUUGCAGGCGUUUAUACUGAGAUAGGAAACGCGAGUAAUUCCGCUAUCAUAAUUAGAU